AUGGCGAGCGGUCAUGUCUUUGUGAGCUCUUUGAAUGUUCUUGUUAUUUCUCUAUUGAUGCUCUGCACUGAAUGUUGUGCACAUGAAAACAUAACAGGGCAAGAAACGCUUGUAUGUGUGAGAAGUCUACAAGUGUGUGAUCUUAACGAGAAUAAAGAAAAUUUGGCUGGCCAUUCGAACGCUGGUAUGUGCCAUGUUGGAGACUGUGAACCGGAUUGUAUUAUCUCCUGCAGAGAUUCAUCGCAUGUGGAACAGGGAAUCGCUUUUUCUGCUGUGUCUGAUGUGGUUGUUGAGAUAAUAACUUUGAACUGUCCGAAAGAAACAGCGUUGUCAAGAUUAAGAAAUCUCGAGAUUUGUGUUUAUUUGUCUGGUUUUGGUUUCGUUCGCUUCAGUGAACGUUCUCUGAUUUGCAUACGUUUGCACACAUUUCCUCAUUGGGAUUACACGCAUAAGCGCUAUUUGAGACGGAGGCUUAAUUAUUCAUCAAACAACGUAGCAACUUUUAAUCCAUCUAUUGUUUCAUUGAUUUUGCUUCGAUGUGGCGAUGUUGAAACACAACCGGGUCCUGUCAGAGAACAAACGUCUACAGAGUCUGGAUGUUAUUCUCGCAAAAACGAAAGGAAAAUAAAAGUUGGACAUUUAAAUGUACGAUCGUUAAAAAAUCGUAUACACCACACUCUUGUCAAGGAAACUGUGCUCUUACAUAAAUUCGACAUUUUUACAAUUUCUGAGUCUUGGCUGGAUAAUACUGUAUCGGAUACUGAACUUGAUAUUCUCGGCUAUGCCCUUUAUAGACAAGAUCGCCAAAUUUCUAAAGGCGGCGGUGUUUGUGUCUUUGUAAAGAACAACAUAAAAGUAUCACUGUUACCUGACAUCUCGGCCAUUAAUAAUGGAUUUCAACAACUUUGGUUACAGGUGCAAUUAAACAAAUGCAAAUCGCUGGUUUUGUGUGUUGCAUAUAGGCCACCAAACUCGCUUCCAUCUCUGCUUACUGAUUAUUUUAUGCCUAAUGUAAUCUUAGCAAUGUCCAAAUGCAAAGAUUUGAUUGUCCUGGGUGAUCUAAACUGCGACAUGUUACAGGAAUCCAAACGCGAAUCGCGUGUAUUACUUGAAGUUUGUUCAAAGGAAUCCAUGAAUAGUUGCUAUUGA